CGUAAACAGAGGCGGCUGAAACAUGGAGGAGAGCAAAGUAACUACACAAAAAGAGACUGCAGAUAACAUUUGCGUCAAAGAUUCAACAGAAAACCAGAUCAAUGAAGCAACAGGAGACGUUUCUUCAGAGGUGUCAAAGCCUGGAUCCGUUUGUAAGCCGCCCGAGGAGACGGAAGCUCGGUAUAACAGGAUGAAGUUGUUUGACAAAGUGAUGCAGAAGAGCCUGGAAAAGUUCAUCGAAAAUGCAAGUUUUAACAGAUUUGCCAGCACUUAUGGUCCGCUGUACAAGAAGAAUCCUGAGAGGAUGGUGAGCAUUCACAAGCAGUUCAUUGAGGAGUUGCAGCGGACAAUACAGGAGGACAUCAGCAGAUUGAUUGAAGAAGGACGCUUAGAGUACAAACUGAAUGAGCUGGACAAACUGGAGAGUGCUGCCAAGAACAUUGCAGACCCUGCAUGGCGGCCGAGUGGGGUUCCCGAGCAGGACAUUUGCAGUUUUUUGAUGCCAUACUAUCAAAAGCAGGAGGCCUACAUGCGACUGGAGCUGAAAAAGAUCCGAGCAGAGAACGCUGCUCUGGCACAGACGGUUCAGGCUGGCAGAGAGAGUGUUGCUCAGACUGAACAUCAAAUUUCUACCACUGUUGGUGAAUGGAAGGCAUCUGUCACAGAGUUUGAAAGGUUGGCAUCUUCUCUCUGCCCUGCUGAUGUCUUUGAUGUGUGACCUUCAAAACACCUCUGAGUAUAUCCACUAAUUUAACUGUACAUAUAUCAAUUUUGUGCCUGUUUU